GCACUCAUCUCGCAGCCGGCCGCUCAUUGAGACCAAUGCAGAUUGUCCAGCUCGGAGGAGUCCCUAAGACGGCCCGUUUUCAUUAAAUUAAGGUUGUAGCUUGUUGUCUACCUCACUACGGUUACAGGGAGGUAUCGUUUGUACUUUAGCAACGUUUCGUUAACGAUUUAUUGAACCGGGAAGUCCGAAUCUGUCAAUAUCUUUCUAACUUUACCUAACCAUUUCACUCCAUCUUAACGCGGAAGUCGGUGACGCACCACUACACACAGCUGCUCAGCGGGGGCAAUGAACUAAACAAAUCGUCGUCAUUCGGUGCCAAACACAGCGGGCAGCGCGGGCAAGGUGUCGCAAUUCAGACCAUCAUGCCCUUUGCUCUGGCAACAGGACAGGAAGUGUGAACGUCCCUGGUUUGCUCUGCUGGGAUGAACAUGCCACUGCACCAGAUCUCUGUCAUCCCCCGUGAUGUCACCUCAUCGCGGGUGUCGGGCAGUGGGAAAAACAAGGACAAGGACAAGCAGAAUGAAAAGCCUCUGGGUCAUUCUGCAAGCAGGUCCAGCAAUAUAUCAAAGGCGGGGAGCCCGACUUCAGUCAACGCUCCAUGCAGUUUCUCCAGGACGUCAGUCUCCCCCUCUAGCCAGGACAUCUGCAGUCGGGUUCAGGACUACCCGAAGCAGACUGCAGUGGUUCUGUUGAAUUCAAACGGUAAAACCUGUCAAGGUUCAGGAGGGAUUUCAGUCACCACCCUCUGCACGGACGGCCUACCAGCCUCUAAACAUGCCAAACAACGAGACUGGCUCUCCCUGCUGCGCCCCUCCUCCGUCAACAUCCACCCCAGCGGGGCGCUCAGGUUUUCUGUGUCUCUGAAUGACGUGGGCCAACGCGUGGACAGUCUUUGUCGCGGUCUGCACUUUAUAGACCGCACCUGCUCUGAGGGAGAGCUGGAGCUGAAGCCCGGGCCCGCUCAGCCAACCGGCUCGGAUCGAAGGGCGCACACACUCAACGGCAAGCUGGCUGCAGCACCCACACACCAGAUCCCAGAUCCGACCUUCUCAACAUGCACCCACCCUCACCUCGUCCCUGCCUUCACCAAUAACUACAAAUACAUGUUGGGCAUCCCCCCCGCAAAUGAUCUCCCAUCUGCCCCUGCUAUCAUUGCCCCUCCUCCUCCUCCUCCUCCUCCUCUUUCCAACACUCUCCUCCACCCUCAUCACUCUCCCAGCGCCAACUUCCUCCGUCUCCUCCUCCCCUUCUCUCGAUCCUCAACCUCGGCCAGCCUGCAGUGCUCUGAGCUGGGCAGCUACGCCUCCAACCUCCACAUCCCCAAGUCCUCUAGCGUCCUGCUGGAAGGCAGUGAGUCAGGGUUCCCCGUCGAGGAUCUACUGGGAGAUGACGACGUGUUCGAGGAGGACCGACUCAGUACAGCUCCAACUAGAACGGGCCAGCUGGCCACCCCAAAAACAGUCACCGUGGCUGGGACCGGAGAUCUUUUAGCCCCCCUGUGCUUUAUGGAUGAGGAUGUCGACCUGGACUGCUGCCCCUCCCCUUUGUCAGAGAAAACGGAGCCACUGUCACCCUAUUCACUAUCUGGAGACUGGUGCAGGAUCUGUCACUGUGAAGGGGAUGAGGAGAGUCCUCUGAUCACACCAUGCCACUGCACGGGAAGCCUGCGCUUCGUCCACCAGUCCUGUCUACAGCAGUGGAUCAAGAGCUCCGACACUCGCUGCUGUGAGCUCUGUAAAUAUGAGUUCAUCAUGGAGACCAAGCUCAAACCACUGCGCAAGUGGGAGAAGCUACAGAUGACGGCGAGCGAGAGAAGGAAGAUCAUUUGUUCGGUCACCUUCCAUGUCAUCGCCAUCACCUGCGUGGUGUGGUCGCUGUACGUCCUCAUCGACAGAACAGCGGAGGAAAUCAAACAAGCCGGAAGAAUCCCAGGACUCCUGGAAUGGCCUUUCUGGACCAAACUGGUGGUGGUGGCCAUCGGCUUUACGGGUGGACUGGUGUUCAUGUACGUCCAGUGCAAAGUCUACAUCCAUCUAUGGAAGAGACUCAAGGCUUACAACCGGGUCAUAUACGUCCAGAACCGGCCAGAAACGUGUAAAAAGCUGGUACUGGAGAAGCCGCCCCUCAUGGAGCCAAGUCUGGAGAACAAGGAACCUCUGGCGCCAACCCUGUCGGACACAAACUCCUCCCAGUACACAGAGACUGAGGACUACAGUAUGGAGGUGCUCCAUGUCUGACCACUCAGUCCAUGGUUGUCCUACUACUCAUACUUCACACACAGACAGGCCCACAGUGAAGAGCAGCCGUUGUGGAACUGCUCGCUGACUGAGGAACGAGCACACACUCCUCUUCCUCUGAUCCCAGACUGACCCACUGUCCUCUUCUGGUCUUAUAUUCCCAACACUUCGUCCACAGAGACAGACAGACAAUGCCCAUCUUCUUCUAUCCACAUUCAUCCUAUCUUAUCCCUUCCUCCACCUGCACCCUGAAUCCACGUCUCUCUCCUUUCCUCGGACAGGACUGUUUUUACUGACGUCUAUAAAUGUCUGAAGAGGCCUGGAGCAUACCACUUUACACACACGCACACACACCCUUGUUUGUACACCUCUGGGAGAGCAGGACUGAGACAAACGGACUCACAAACAGCCCCGGAGGUCGACAUAUUUGUUAUGCGUGGUUUCUUUGCUUGUGGGUUUGUUAGAUUUGUUCGUUUUUACCUCCUGUGAGUCUCGGGCUAAACUGCCGUGGAUCAGUAUGUAGCGCCACGCAUCGGAUCUCUGGAACAUUCCAGCUACUGCCAUCUCUUUUGCUGUGGUCUGUCAGCCCAGAGCUGGUCUGGAUCCGACCAGACCAUGAUCUGGACAUGCAUUGAAGCACUUUUGUUUUUUAGUUCCCACAACAAAUCCCCUCCCUUCCUCUUGCCCUUUUUUUCUUUGAUAUGAAUUAAGUCUUACUGUAUAUGUUGUACAUGCAGGAGAGCACAUUCGAACUUCAAACUCCUGUUUUAUUUGACAUUUCUUCAUACACACGUAUACAUGUAUAUUAAGCCUCCUGUGGAUGACAAAAAAGGAAUUGGUGGUUAAAGAAAUUAAAUCAUGCUGAAAGAAACUGAGUGUUUUAGUCAAAAUACAAAACAAUUAUGACAUCAGACUCAAAGUUCUAAUGCAGAUAAUGGAAAAUCCAGCCACAUGACUUCUGUACCCCAACAUGAUCUUUCUGAAGGCUUUGAGAAUGUAAACUUUAAAAAAAAAAAAAAUUUAAAAAAAAUUUAAAAAUAUAAAUAAAUAAAAGCAAGAUUUUUUUUUUUUUUUUUUUUUUUUUUUUUUACUGGUCACAGGAAAUUGCGAGAUACUUUCUAUGUCUUGAGAACAUUGCGAGAGCCUUUGGGCAUAAACAUCACCGCUCAUGUUUUUCUAUCAUGCGAAUGACACAAUAUUUACAGUGUGAUAUUCCAUGUGCAGUUUUUAAUAUGCUGAUUUGUUUGCUUAGUCCCGGGAUACGCCCUGGGAAAUUCACAGCUGCCUAUUUUCAGUCUGUCCUCCCACCGUUUCAGGCAGUGCGUUGAUUGAUCCCAAAUAGAUAGUUUUGAUUAAACUGUAACUGUGUAUUUGAAUUUGACUGCUGAAUCGGUUUCUGCUCUGCAGGACCCACAAAUUUACAACCCAUCCCUUCAGUUAUGUUAACGCACGAGAAUAAGGUGAAAGAUAUGAUUGUUAUUGAGCGUUUCAGACAAGCGGAUGUCUCUGUUACAGCGAAAGUUUCUCUUUUCUUUUUAACAGACUCUUAUCACAUGUUAGAGUAUCUAUUUUAGUAUUUAAUCACAAGACUGCCAGCAAUGUUGCCUCCCAAUCAAUGGAGCGUUAACUUUAUCUCACAUUUGGCCUCAUGUCGCUCAAAUGAGACAAAUUGCUCCAACACCUUUUUUUUUUUUUUCAUUUCUAAAAGGAAGCACAAGUUAAAUACUGUCACUGCAUUAUUUCAGCAUGAACGAUUGGAUGCAAUGCAUGCACACAUACAUUUGCUGCCUGUGACAGACAGAUAUACAGUACAGUGCAAGUCAUCUCUCAUCGAUGAGCUGACUGGAGAGCCAUCUGCUGGCGAGAAGCUGAAGGUGCCGUCUGAUGUAGGCAGCGGUUGAUUUCUCAGGGCGAUGUGUUUUGGGGCUUACAGUCAUUGUAAGUGCUUUGUGUAUGUGGGAGCACAGUGAUGCCAGGCUCAUGUUGAGCCUCACAGCCAUUCCAGCAACACACACACACAAAAAACUGUCUUUGAUACCAGUGCACUGUCUGUGAACAACGAUGGUCCAACAACAUGUGUGACAAUUACUGCUCAGCAGCAAUAACUGAAAUCCGUGCUUUGUUUUUUGCAACAAUUCAUACUGUACUUGUGUAUAUGCCCCACAGUGACUUGAGAUCUGGAGUGUAAUAUAAUUUGAAUACAUAAUAUGAGCCGAGGGAGUUAUUGUGUGUCGAGUUGGAUUAAGACCUAGUGAUGAGAAGCGUCUCUGAAACUUUGAUACCCGCGAGGCUCAGUGCAAAUAGACAGAUAAAAAGUGCAAUUACCCUUUUGUUGAUAUUCUAUUCUAUAGUUAUGUAAUGGUGUUUAAUGUCCAGGGUGUGUCCUGGGUAUAAAAUGAUUAUUUCUUCAUUUUGUGUUGUAUUUAUUUUUAAAAGAAAACAGUACAAUUUGUUGAUUUUAAAAAAAACAAAAAAACCUUUCAUUAGUAAUUUUAUGCAACUUACACUUUUUUUUUUCCCCAGGCAUAAAUAUACCUGAACAUCACUUUUAAUCUUUGUUUUGCGGUUCAGAUAUCGUAGUUGUAAAAUGCUUGAUUGUGAAUAUCUGCUCCACCGUCUUGCUUUUUAAAAUGCUUGAUGAAUUUAGUCCUAAAUGUAGACAUUUAACCGCAGAAUCGCAUUUAAUCAUGUCAUAUUUUUCAAAUAAACAACAUGGAAUAAUUAGACAUGUAGUUUCCUUGAGGUGGAAGAUAGAAGAUGGACUACAGAUUGUGAUUUAUUUAUUUUUUUACUUUCUAGUCAUAGGAGCUGGCUCCUUUCAUGAAGUCUGAGACAGAAGAUUUGAGGCCACUUUGGGACGCUUUUAUAAGCCGACGUGUUCCUCUCUGAGAGCAGCUUUUUAUUUUUUGCUUUCUUUCUUAGUGCCCCUCUCAUGAUGAAGUGAUUUCUCCAUUUUAUAAUCCUAUUAAGCACAUUGUCUUGACCCUGUCGCUUACGUUUGAUCAUGUCUGGGAAUAGUGUAACUUGCAUAAAGCUACAUUUGUUUACUGACUGGACUUGAACAUAUAUGACUGUUCCCCUGUCUUAUAUCAUUCCACAAGUUUGUCUGUGAAUUUACUUUGGAAUAGUAACUGUAAAAAAUUUGUAAACGUACUUAUGUUUUUGAAAUAAAUAUUGAUGUGUUUUCAGUUUAAUUUCCCAUUAUUGAACAAAGUAUGUAGAAUUAAAAAGAACAACCAAAUAAAAAUUAAGUUACUUUUAA